AUGCCAACUGAGCCGGUGACAACAUGUAACAUGAAUACUAAUUCAGUAGCUCGACGACUACCAAAUGGAUAUGAAAUACAAAGAUGUCAUCCGACAGCUCGUAUUCACUCAUCGAGACGAUUAACAAGUUUAGCAACUACUGGCGACUCAGAUACAUUAUUUCCUAUGGCACCUCGUUUUCAUCGAUUCGUACGUAAAACACGACGAGAUGAAUCUGAGAUUAGUCCAUUUAUUAAAUAUCUUAUGUUUGGUUUUAAUAUUCUUUUCUGGAUUCUUGGUUUGCUAAUUGCUAUUAUUGGUAUCUAUGCUUGGAUUGAAAAAGAUACAUUUAAUAAUUUUGGUCGUUUAACAUUGGGUGGAACAUUAUUUUGUGAUCCAGCAUUACUUUUUGUUCUUGUUGGAAUUUUAAUGUUCUUUAUUGGUUUUGCUGGUUGUAUUGGAUCAUUAAGAGAAAAUACUUGUUUAUUACUUUUUUUUAGUUUUGCAUUAGCAAUUAUCUUUUUUGCACAACUUGCUUUUGGUACAUUAGUAUUUAUUUAUCGAGAAAAGGUUAAAAAUGAAGGAGAAAAACAAUUAAUGAUUAUGAUUCAAAGUUAUCGUGAUGAUCCAGAUUUACAAAAUAUGAUUGAUUGGAUUCAACGUCAUUGGCUUCAUUGUUGUGGUAUAAAUAAUUAUCGAAAUUGGGAAAAUAAUAUUUAUUUUAAUUGUUCAUCUAAAUCUCUUGGAAGUAUUGAAGCAUGUGGUGUACCAGCUAGUUGUUGUCGUACAGAAUAUUUUCAUAAUAAUAAACAAUGUGGAUAUGGAAUAUUAGAAUCAACAGCAGGAAUACAUAUGAUUUAUACAGAAGGAUGUUUACCAAAAGCAUCAAAAUGGUUUGAAAAACAUAUUUUAUAUGUAGCUAUAGUUAUUGUUAUUCUUGCUGUAUUACAAAUUCUUAGCAUUUGUUUUGCACAAAAUCUUCGUAAUGAUAUUCUUGUUCAAAAAGCUAAAUGGACAUGGCAUACACAUCCAUUGAUGAAAUAUCAACGAUAUUAG